AUGGUUACUCGCCUUCAUCAAACUUUCUAUCGAUCCAAUGCAACCCAAUUAUCAGAGUCUGAUAUUAAGGAAAUCAGAGAUUCAAGAGGAAAAGUACCAAGUGCAUCAAAGAAAAUGGCAGAAAAAUUUCAUAUUGGUACUCGUCGUGUAUAUGAAAUAUGGAAGUAUACUGAACGUCUUCAACAAGAUCUUAAACAUGCCAGCUUUUCAGCUGAUGAAUCACAAGAUAUAGAAGCUUCAGUUAUAAAAUCGUCAAUAAAAAAGAAAAGUUCCAAAUCUCGGACUAAAUCUGUAUUAUGUAAUAAUGAGCUCCGUUCUCAUAUAUCUGAUUCAAUACCUACUAAUAACUCUACAGAAAAAAUAA